GGUUGAGACGCCAACAAGUCUUUACGCCGGCCAUUUAUUAGCGGUUUUUUUUACCUUUAUAAUCUGUGUUUUUUAUUAGUCGAUUUCAGUGUUAAGUGCCUAGUGUUAAUAGUGUGUAUUAUAUUAAAAAAAUGUUUAUAUGUGUAAGAUUUAGGGACGAUGGCGUAAGAAUGGUUGUCACAGCGGACAAAAUAAAAAAAUUUGAUAUAAACAAUAUCGACUUCGACCAUGCUUACAAAGUGCUGUAUACUGAUGAAAAAUACUAUAGGGCACAUUUAAUAUGCACUGCUGAAACUGAAGCUGAUGCUUUAUUGAAAGCAGAAGAAAAAAGAUUCAGGAUACCUAAAACCCUAUUUGAUGAAUCGUCUACAUGUGACGAAUUAGAAGAGUCGACCAUAAUUACCAAAAGCAAAAAAGAAUGCAAAGACUUAAAGAAAGCAGCAUUGCAUGAAAACUAUUCCAACAUUCUGCAGGAUCUUACUAAUGUAGGGAUGGAAGCAAGCAUUCCUUCGACCUCUGAUAAAACUAAAAUCUUUAAUAAUAGAACAAGAGGUAUAAAAACACUUAAUCCUGAAGAUAAGGAAAUGAAUAGUCUUAAAAUGGAAAUAUCAAUACUUAAAACAGAAAAUGGUCAAUUAAAAGAAGAAAUUAAUGUUUUAUCAAAAUUAAAUAAGGAACUGCAAAGUGUAGUGAUUGAGAAAUUUAAAAAUUUGGAAUUGACUGCAACUAACGGAGGAGUACAACCCCCACUGGAAUUGGAAUUACCCACUGGAACCAGAUUAGAUGGAAAUAUUCAUUUAGGGAGAAAUGUUUGGCUUCCAUGUCAAAUUUAUGAUUCGGCUGCUAAUAAACCCAAAAAGAAUAACUACUCUUUAUUAAUAAAAGAAAUUGCAUAUGCUGUAUUUGGUGAAAGAGUCUUAAUGGAAAGCAGUGUAAGUGGACGAAAAUGUAAUAGGACAAAGACAGAGGCAAAACCAGCAUUAGAUGGAACAAAGUUAAUGGCAGUCCAUGAUAUUAUUCGUUAUACAUUAGAAAAAAAUGGGGAUUCUUUAGAAAAGAUUAAUGCGGUUGUGGAUAGCAUUAACCAUAGAGUUGGAGAAAAGAUGCAAGAUCUCAUCAAACCUAAAAUUAAAGGAAGGUUAAAUGAAGAAAGUAUAGAUGACAGUUAACUUAAAUAAUUAAAUAUUUAUAUUAAGUCAAUGUAAAGAAGUUAUGUUUUUAUUUUAUUUUUUCGCUCAGAAAAUUAUUUUUUGUUAAGAU